AUGGGAAAAGCAAGCCAAAGGCUUUCCCAGCUGAUCCCUAAUGGGUUAAUGCUAAUGGUCUAUCUAUCAAGGAUUAGUGCCCUUGCAGCGUUUAUUAUUCUUAUAGACUUAAGGGGCAUUAUACCAAGGGCAAUCAUUUACUAUAGUCUUGGUAUUUGUAUUCCCUCUUUUUUACCUGUAAACAUGAGCUAUCUUCCAGUUCGUGCCUUCCGGGAGGAGACCGAGAAACCUUCAUUGACAUCACUCUCUCUAACCUUGCUUAUGAAUUUGUUUCAUCUUAUUGGGGCGUGGAUAGCAUUUGGUCUGAUGCUUACUUCACACUUCUGGCCUACCGACACGUUGACCCCAAACAGAAUCUGGUUCCUUUGGGGGCAAGUAUAUCUGUGGCCCACUCUUGUGAUUGGUUUGCUGAGGGAGUAUGUUACAACUCAGGACAAGAAGAAGAAGAAGAAGGCUUUGCGUGAGGCCGAGAAGAAGGAUCCACAAGAGGCCGAGAAGCCAGACGAGAGGGACUCAAUUGCAGAGCCAGUAUCGGGUUUAUGUUUGGCUGCAGAAGCCUUGUGCUCGGAUAUGCACGAGUACCAGUUUGUGGGGGGAUAA